AUGCGGCACGGUGAGGCUUCGCCGGGCUUUGCCCUCACAAGCCCAGAGCAGCCGCGGCAGGCCCACACGUCGCCUUUUUUGCUUGCAGAGGAGCUCCUGUGCGGCGUGCUGCUGCACUGGCCGCGCGGCGCGGCGCCGGCGUCGCUGCUGCUGUGCGGGCCCUCGGGCAAUGGGAAGAGCCACGUGGUGCGCAGGGCGAUUCAGCGGGCCCGCGGUGCCGCACGCCGCCGUGUGCUCGCCGUCGCCCCACAACUCGCGUUGUCCCUCGCGCGGCGGCACGCCAACGGGAGCACGGCGCUCCGGAGGGGCAUUCGUCGCGCCGUCCGCGCCUCCGCUGCCUGCCCCGACAAUCGCCAGCCCGCCGACGACGACGAGGACGCGGCGGACGGCGCGGUGGUGGUGUUGGUGCUGGACCACGCGGAGAUGUUUCUCACCGCCGCGGGGAGCGGCGCUGGGUGGGCGCACGGCCGGUCGCGCCCCAGUCCGCCGAGCCACCCGCUGCCGCUGGCUGAGUUGCACGACGUCCUCGGCGGGCGCGAGUUGUUUGGCCGCGACGAACUUCGGCAGCUGCGCCUGCGGACGGUGCUUUUCGUGACGCUGUUCGGCGGCGCAUGGGGCGACGUUGACCCCCUUGCCCGC